UGUCCGCUCAAAAAAUCAAAUCACGAGCCGCUUGCUUGGUCCAUCGAGUCCACAGAUGUCCUAGACCAGAGCAACAGCCCAUUAUUCACCCUUCUCCCCCGCGAAAUCAGAGACAUGAUUUACCACUACACCCUCACAGACACGACAUCAUACCCCGUGGACCGCGCUCGUCCCGAAAACCCCAAUCCCUUUGCGCGAUUCGACCGCGUCUCUGGAUACUCUCAAAGCCGUGCUGGCAUCGAUUUGUACGCUUCGGAUAUCGCCAUCCCCCUGCUUUACACAUGCAAGGCAAUCUACCUGGAGACCUACGCCACCCCUCUACGCAUCAACCCUUACAUCACAGGAGAGCUAUCCGUCCAGAGGCAAAAGCGCAACCUGUCAACCUGGCAGUUGGCGCAAAUACGCAGCUUGGACAUUACGCUCCCGCAGCACGGAUUGGAGAACGGGGCUUUGAGGAAUUACCUGAAUGAGUAUUGGAACGCGACUUCACGAUCCCAGGGGCGUUGUAUCGUACCGUCAAGAGCUAUACGCCCAUCGGACAGAAAGCGAUGCGAAGAUCUGCAGUAUGCCAACAGUAAUAACAGUAUCUUGGUACCUGUAGCGGGCGGCGGUUCGGGAAAGAAGAAGAAGAGAGAAUUUAACCGCCUUGUCGACGUUCUAGAUAGCACUUCCAUCAUCAUCCCCCAGGAUUCCAUCUGCCCAUGCGCUCGUACUCUCAAGGUAGCACUCGCUCAACCUAUACGACACAUCACACUGCGGCUAACGCACAGCAACUGGUGGACAUGGGGCAACGCGCCU